GAUUACGAGCCGGACGCCAAACUCUUUAAAAUUUGUCACAAUUCUCUAUUCUUCUAUUCGUUUGGACGCAUGCUCUCCGAUCAAUAGCUCCACACUCUGCCUUCUAAGACACACAGAGAGGGAGAGAUUACACAAACAUUUGUAUCAGUGUCUGUAUAGAGAGAGAUAUUGGUUCAUAGAAGCGAAGGCUUGAAGAAGAGGUGGGGGUGGGGAGAGAGCCUCAGUUUCCUUUAUCUAUUAGCUUCUGUCCAAUUUGUCGAGACCUCGGGCAAAAAAGCCCUAAUAUUCGAUUGUUCUGAGAUUUAGGGUUUAUACACUUAAAAUUCGAGGCUUAAGAUAGGGUUUUGUGAGAGCGGAAUUUGUGUUUACGAAACACUAAUUUGUUAUUGAUGUUCUGUACAUAGAUGCAAUAGCUGUGUAGAAUUUGGGGGUUUUGGUUUGUUGUAGUUGUCUAAUAGUGGUGUGCUCUGGGGGAUGGACGGAAGGAGAAUAACGGCAAGUCCGAGGCCAUGCUGUGGACGACGGGUGGUGGCGAAGAAGCGGCCUCGCGGUGGCAACGACGGGUUUGUGAACAGUGUGAGGAAGCUUCAAAGAAGGGAGAUUUGCUCGAAGCGUGACCGUGCUUUUAGUAUGAGCGAUGCCCAGGAAAGGUUUAGGAACAUUCGUUUGCAGGAGGAAUAUGAUACCCAUGAUCCUAAAAAUUGUGCUAUGGUACUGCCAUUUCUCAGUAAGAGGUCAAAAAUUAUUGAGAUAGUAGCUGCUCGUGACAUCGUCUUUGCUCUAGCGCAGUCUGGUGUUUGUGCUGCAUUUAGCCGAGAGAAUAACGAGAGGAUAUGCUUUCUGAAUGUCAGUCCUGAUGAAGUUAUAAGAAGCUUGUUUUACAAUAAGAACAAUGAUUCACUCAUCACAGUUUCAGUUUAUGCUUCAGACAAUUUCAGUUCCUUGAAGUGCAGAACCACUCGGAUUGAAUAUAUACGAAGGGGUAAACCAGAUGCUGGUUUUGCUCUUUUUGAGUCUGAGUCAUUGAAAUGGCCUGGUUUUGUGGAGUUUGAUGAUGUGAACGGGAAGGUACUCACUUACUCUGCACAAGAUAGCAUAUACAAGGUGUUUGACUUGAAAAACUACACGAUGUUGUACUCCAUCUCAGAUAAAAAUGUUCAAGAGAUUAAGAUCAGUCCUGGAAUCAUGUUGUUGAUUUUUACAAAAGCUAGCGGCCAUGUUCCUCUAAAGAUUCUUUCAAUAGAGGAUGGAAUGGUUCUCAAAUCUUUCAACCAUCUUCUUCAUCGGAAUAAGAAGGUGGAUUUCAUUGAACAGUUCAAUGAAAAACUUCUUGUCAAGCAGGAAAAUGAGAAUCUCCAGAUUCUUGAUGUUCGCAAUUCUGAACUAACAGAAGUUAGCAGAACUGAAUUUAUGACCCCAUCAGCCUUCAUAUUUCUGUACGAGAACCAGUUAUUCUUGACAUUUAGAAACCGAACAGUGGCUGUUUGGAACUUCCGUGGGGAGCUUGUGACUUCAUUUGAGGAUCACCUUUUGUGGCAUCCUGACUGCAACACUAACAACAUAUACAUUACGAGUGAUCAGGAUCUUAUUAUUUCCUAUUGCAAAGCUGAUUCUGAUGAUCUGUUGUCUGAUGGAAAUGGUUCUAUCAAUAUCAGCAAUAUUUUGACAGGCAAAUGCCUUGCCAAAAUAAAAGCAAACAACAGCUUUCCCAUGGGCAGUAGCAUUUGUAGUGACAGAACUUGCAAUUCAAAGAAGCAGGUCCAGACUUCAAGGAUUAGGAGCACUGUCUCAGAAGCACUUGAAGACAUCACUGCUCUCUUCUAUGAUGAGGAACGCAAUGAGAUUUACACUGGCAAUAGGCUUGGCCUGGUCCAUGUAUGGUCUAACUGAAGGUUGUGUCUUGUCAUCUCACUUGCCCUCAGAAUCCAUGAUUGUUCUUCCAGGUGGUUAGGUUGAUUAUGCAUCCCCAGUAUGAGAACCAUCUGGAAUUGUAGUAUUAGAAGCUUUUGAAGUAGUUAGUUGUGCUGUUUUAUGCAUUUGUAAGGAUGUGUAGUUCAUGAUUCCCCCCCACCCCCAAAAAAAAAUGUGGGGGGGGAUAUUUGCCAUCCUUUCCUUUUAUUUUUGUUUGUCAAUUUGCUUUAUGGGGAUGAGUCCCUGAUAAUGUGAGUUAGAUAUUGGAUUUGUUUUCUUGCUGUAUAUGUGUUUUAUAACCUGGGGCUUCAACAACGAAGGCUGUAGCCAACUAACAGGCAGUCGUCUUGUGGUGUUUUGUCUUGGUUUGGCCGACUGAUGUUUGAAAAUGUCGAGUUAGCUUGCACCUAGGUGGUCGCAAAUGGAGACUUUGAGGAGUUGUAUGUUGCUUCUGCACUGAGAAUUUACAUUCCUUUUUAUUUGUAGAUGUCUACAGUUGUGGGCAUUAUAUUCUGCUUGGUUGUCUAUGUUCUUUGGCCUAUGAGAUAGAACAACUUCUGUUAUAUAUGUUGUUUUGAGUCGUGAGAGCCUGCGGUUAUGCAUUUGCUUUGCAGGAAACAGUAAAGGGUGCAAUCUAUGUAUUGAAUUAAGCCACGAUCAUAGGCAUAGCCCGGGUGGCUUCAGGUGACCGCGACAGGCUUUCGCUUUCCUCCCAUUUCAAUCCAUCCAAGACUCUCAGAAAAAGAACAAAAGAAUCAAACGAGAGAAGAGAGACAAUGUGAUGGGGGACUCCAUCUGUGCUUGUGUUUGUGAAGUUGUCUCUUAGUAUGUCAGGCGGAGGGAGGGUCCGAAAAGGCAGGUCAUCUCCAACCAAUGCUUCACGAUUUGCCAACCUUUGUUUGCUAUCUGUGUCUUCUAAGCGAAGAUUGGGUGGGGUAGGUUUGGCUCCAUUAUGGCUUUGAUUGAACACAUCCAUUAUCUAAAGAGGGUAUAUGAACACAGGCUCCCCCAGUGGCCAAGAGGACCUCUAGGGUUGGUGCGGGAUGGCGUAACUGCCCAUACCCCCUCCCGUUUAGUUCCCUUCAAUUAAAAAUCAUUGUACAUCUUCAGUCAUACAUGAUGAAUUAUAUAUUCUUUGUUGUGAU